GCGUAGCCGGAAAUGACCACUCACACGCUUCAGUGAAUUAACAGCUGAGUGACAGCGUUAGCUGCUAAAUUCUGGACUGAGAACGUAUUUAAAGCUGCUGUAAAGUGUCCGAUUUUACGUUAAUUUAAUCCCACAUUUGCUUCUUGAAGCUUCGACGUCGGUCUUUGUUAUUCUCCUUCUUCAGAAGUGUAGCUCGUGUUUUAAGGCCGUGUCACUGCCGUGUUUGUGUCCACUCUCAGCGGUCUGGUCAUGGGUGAAGUGGAGCUCUCCUGUCGGGCCUUCGUGAAGAUGUACCUUCACGCCUCUCUGUUCCCUCGGUGCAGUAUCAACGGACUGCUGCUGUCGUCCGGCCCGGCAGGUGGCGCUGUGUGCGUCACGGACUGUGUACCGCUGCUCCACUCGCACCUGCCGCUGGCUCCCAUCACUCAGCUGGCCCUCACACAGGUGGACGUGUGGUGUUCACAGACGCAGCAGAGGAUUGUGGGAUAUUAUCAAGCUAAUGCCUGUGUAUCAGACAGUAGUCCGACGCCGUGUGCGCUGAAGGUUGCUGAUAAAAUCGCGGAGCAGUUUGACAAUGCAGUUUUAUUAAUGCUCGAUGGCAGUAAGAUGUCUCCAGACUAUCGGGUCCCUCCCAUCGUCAUGUACGAACGCAAAGACUCAAGAUGGACCCUCAAAGACAAACACAUGAUAAUGCUGAGGCAGUGGGAGGAGACUCGGGCCAUCGCCACUCAGAUGCUGGAGGCCAACGAUCACAUGACACUGGUGGACUUUGACUGCCACCUGGACGACAUCACAAAGGACUGGACCAAUCAGAAACUGAACACCAAGAUAGCGGAGCUGGCGUCGCCGGCCAACGGGAACAUCUAGACUGUAGGAGCGGAGUUUAUUUAUGUUCUGACCCCCCCCCCCCCCAACAUCACAAACACGUUGAACACUUUUAAUUUUUUAAUGCAUUUUGUCAAAUGAACAUGGAUAUGACGUACGUAGAACACGCUUAAAUAACAAGAAUAUUUACAACUACA